AAAACUAAGAUUAUAGUUCCGUCUGUCCAGGAAAGAAACGGAGAGCAGAUGGAAAGGAGAGGAACAGAAAAAUUCUCAUAACCUAAAACAUUUUUCUUGUUAUUCUUGACUCCUCCCCAGUGUGACGUCAUCAUGACAUAACAAAUCAAAAGAUAAAAUGGGAGUGGCUCUUUAUCAAAGUUCAUAAUAGUUCAGCACUGUGCUGUUGCUGGAUAACAGAGAAGAGAAAAGAGACAGUGUCACCUGACCAUGGAAAAACACGUUGAGGGAAGAGGAUAUAUUACCCACGUUUAUUACACUUAUAACAGUCAGCACCUGAAACUGGGUGAUUUGAAAGAGAAAGCGAGAGAGAGAGACUUAGUAAACAAACGUCUCUUCAAAGAAUACAUCCCGGCGUACCCCCGACCAGAGUUUCAUGUGACUCAUCUGAAACACGACACAACUGGAGCUGGAUUAGAAGGAAUCAGACGGGAUAAUGGUUUCCGUGACCCGGACCCUGAGGAGUCUCCGAGGCUGCUGUGGUGGAGUCUGAUGGUGAGACCUGAGGACAUACAGUCAGCUGAGAGGAGGCUCCUGGAGCAGAUCUACCCAGACCGGACGGAGGAGCAGAUCCAGAAACAGCAAAGCUUUCUGGGGAAGUUCGCCACCUCGCCUGCCUUCCUGGACUCCUCCAGGCUGGGCUCGUACCGCUUCACCUUCCCCCUGGAGGAGCUGCUGACGGCCUACAGCCAGCAGCUUUGUUCCGGCGCUCAGCCUGUCAUGCGGGUGUUCAAGACCUUCUUGUACAAACAGAAGGUGAUGUACGCUGUGCUGGUCCACAGCCCAGCCAAUCAGGAGCUGUUCUCAGAAUAUCCUUUGCUGACUGACGACCCGAACGCCAUCUGUGCUUACAGAGAUGGUCGCUUCAUCUGGAGACCUGAGGCCAUGUGUGGGACUCACAGUCAGGAGUUGGUCCUCAGACAAGAUGAAAAGCAGGUGGAAGUGAUGGAGCUGUUUGGACGUGACUGUGAGUUUUACGUUUGGGAUGAUGUCGCCAUCGCCCUGCACGUGGAGGAUGGACAGGUGCUGACGUUUGGUAGUGACCGACUGAAAGAAAACCUCACCUACUGUGAGACAGGAACACGUCUAAUCAGACCUGAAGAAGAGUUUCGUGAUUUCGAGGACGCUACAGAUCUUGUUAAAAAGUUGUGGCCCGAAUAUCCGUCACCACUGGAGCGCUCGCUGAACAUUCAUGCUUCCUAAUUUAGUCAUGAAGGGGAAACUUUGUAUUUACAAUAUUUAGUAUUUGAUCAGGAUUCUGUGUUUGCUAAUUUUGGUAUGAAAUAAUAAUAAUAAUUUAUAUUUUUAAAAUAAUGCUUUACGGCUCAGAUGGUUGCCAUAGCACCACCAACAGGAAGACUGUUCCUACAGUUUAGUCACUUUAGAAGAGAGUAGAGCGUUCUGCCGAGUUUAGUGCUUUUUCAUUCAUGUUGAGGCCAUUUGUUUGUCAAAAAAAUGCAAGCGUGAAAAAAAAAGAUUUAAAAAAGUCUUUAAGUUACUCAUUAUUUGUAGAAUGCAGAUGUCUUGGCAAGUGAAUUUACAUUUAAAUAUCAUGCAGAUGGAAAGGUGACUUGUAGAGUGUCUUUAAGCGCUUUACAGUUAAAAUGAAGCAUCAGUUGAGAAGGUGGUGUAAUAUCUAUAUGUCCUUAGUGAGAAGGAUGAAGGUUGUUUAGAUGAAUGUUCUGCCCACCUAGGGGUCAUUAUGUAGCUUAAUGUUAGCUUUAAUGUGCAAAAGAUGUUUUUUCAUGUUAUCCAGAUGUUUUUCAGUGUCUUGCCAAAGCAUUCUUAACGCUGGUUAAUAAACUAAUUUCAACCUUUUUAUGGAGCGACAAAAAAUCUAGAAUACAGAAAGAAUUUGAAGAUGGGACUCUUAUUAAUAUGUUUUAUAGGAACACCUCCAAUAUUAGACAGUUUUUAACACUUGAGGAUGCUGAAACAUACUUUUAUAACAAGCCACAUAGAUUAACAUGAAGCUGUUUUGUGGAACUCCCUUAAAGAAAUACCUUUUUAAUCAAACUUAAUCAGUUCUUACAUGUUUAUCUUUGCUAUUUAUGUCAUGUUUCCUGUUGGGUUUUUUGGUAUUGUUUAAAAAUCUUCAUUCAACCAUUGUAUGUUA